CAAACGUUUACGUGAUCUGAGCACUACAUUUGUCAACACACAUGAAAGACAUCAACACGUGUGAGAUGAAUAGCUGAAACAAGAUGCUGAGAAGACAAGCAAGACUCCGGAGAGAGUUUAUCUACAAGAAGUCCGAGGAACACAAGGAGAGAGGCAUACAAGAUAAAAAACAGAGGUUGAAAACAGCACUAGAAAGCGGUCAACCCAUACCUACUGACUUGAGGGCAGAUGCUGUGGCUAUUCAGAAGACCUUGGCCUGGGACGGACCUGGAGCAGAGGGAAGGACCAACAGAUUCGAUGACGAGUACAAAUGGGCUGGUGUGGAGGAUCCCAAGAUUGUCAUAACAACAUCGAGAGAUCCUAGUUCAAAACUCAAACAAUUUGCAAAGGAGAUGAGACUGAUAUUUCCAAACAGCCAGAGAAUAAACAGGGGUAACUACGAGACCAAACAGCUCAUGGACGCCUGUCGCUCCAACCAGGUAACAGACCUGAUCAUGGUUCACGAACAUCGAGGUGUGCCCGACGCACUGAUUGUGUGUCACCUACCUCACGGUCCCACAGCCUCAUUCACACUGUCCAACGUCGUGAUGCGACACGACAUCCCAGACGUAGGCACUAUGUCAGAAGCAUACCCGCAUCUCAUCUUCCACAUGUUAUCCUCCAGACUUGGAAAACGGGUAAAGAAUAUUCUGAAAUAUUUAUUUCCAGUUCCGAAAGAAGAUAGCAAACGUAUCAUCACAUUUGCCAAUGAUGAAGAUCACAUAUCAUUUAGGCAUCACAUACACAAGAAAACAGACGGUGGACGAAACACUGAACUUUCAGAAGUUGGACCUAGAUUUGAAAUGAAAUUGUACCAGAUCCAGCUUGGUACCAUUGACAAUGCUGACACAGCUGAUGUGGAAUGGGUAUACAGACCAUAUAUGAACACGGCCAAGAAACGCAAGUUCCUCUCCAACUGAGCAUUGCAUUAUCCUGGAAUUUACCGAGGUGCUCACUGGCAGAGCAGUAUUCUAGGAGUUCUUCCAUGUUCAUGUUAUAUUCUGGGAUGUUUUUGCCAACCGAGUAUCACCUAUCCUGGGACACAAACAAUGACAGGGCAAUUUUGUCACCGAGUAUCACGUUACUCGGGGGUUUACUCACCCGAGUGUCGUAUUAUUCAGGGACGUUCUCAUGGAGUGUCAAAUUAUCCUUGGACAUACUGACUGAGUAUUACACAUUAAAAAAGAUCCUUGGAUUUCCUUGACCAAGUUACUCUAAGUUAUCUCGAGAUUUGUGCAAGAAACAGCAUUUUACAGACUUGAGGCACUAAAGACGAGGUUUACUCAUUGCCUUGUCCUGAUCCGAAACCAGAAUCUGGAUAAUUAAGGAAAACUUGAUUAUAUGAAACACAGAUUGUUGACUAUUUAACAGGAAGAAAAUCCUGUUACCAUUUUAUUAAAAGCAUUUUGUUGUAAAUGUACCAUAUUAAACAUAUUUAAUAGAAGAGAUGUGUCAUGAAGGAAUACAUGAUAAAGUGGCAUUACAGCUUCAGUUAAUGUAUAUGUAUGGAGGAUGGGAAACUCUCUAUCACAAGGGAUCCCCAAGAGAAAAGAAACAUGGAGUUCUUGUAAUUUUAAAUUUAUUGAACUUGAUCAUUACAAAAUCAUUGUGACAAAUUACAUAUAGAAAGCUUAUUAACAAACUUUGACAUACAAGUGCAUCACAUGUUAUUGUUUUUAAACCUUUUAUCAUUGUUUUCUUCGACAGAACAAUGCAAAUAAAUAUGUCAUGACUCAAAUAUGAUGAAUUAUGUAGUGUAUAUAUACAAUAGAAAUUCUGUAUGUCAUAAAGUGCUAAAAAUACAUGUAUGUUCAAAUCUCUUUAUGUUGCUUCCAUUUUUCCAGUGAAAUAUUGGCAUUAUAAAGGGGUUUGGAAAUACAUGGAGGGAGAUAUAUCAAGUUAUUGUAAGAGAACAGAAAUAGAGGACCCUGAAAUACGUUGGCAGUAAAUGAAAUGGCAUUGCAUCAAGGGUUUACUUUUAUAUCAAAACAACAUGUAUGUUCCUGUACUUUGUGCCCUGUUUGCUUUUUAGGGAAAAUUAUGAUACUGUAUAGCGGUUAUAUUUCGCAGGGGUUUUUAAUUACGCUUUAUUCGCACUCUGACUAAUAUCCGCCAAUUCUAAA